AUGGAGUCUUUAGUGAAAGAAAAUGAGCUUUGUCAGCAGCACAUAUGUUUGGGGGCGAGGGUGGGCGUCAGCAGAUCAUUAGUCAAAUUUAUGUGGAAUGCUCUCAUAUUUCCUUUUGCACAAUUUUCCUUUUUAGAAAUCCAACACUUGAAGUCGUUAGAGACAGAGAUUGAAAAAGAUCCCAAAUGCUCCACACUAAUGUUUCUCGACAUGAUUGAUGGCAAUGGAAAUUGUGAAUCUCCACCAUUUGCUUCGUUUAUCAUUGCGACCCAUUUUACUGUCCAACCAUCAAAUCCUGAUGUGCAUAAAAUAACAAACACGAUGAAAGCAAUGACGACGACACUCGACGGUAUAAUAAAAUUUGUUUCUCGUGAAAUGAGCUUUUUGAUAAGCGGCGGAAUCUUCUUCCAAAUUUUCGACUGUAAUCCUGCAAAUCUGUCUAGUAGUAAAGAAAAACUUUGCAAGCCUAUUAGCUUAAAAGCAGCUGAUGAGAUUCUUCACAUUUGUGCCUUCUGGCGAAACGAAAUAAGAAGAAAAGUUUUCAUUUCAAAUUUUCUUCGUCAAGCUUUGAGUUUCGAAACUUCAGAAAUUCUUUUAAGUUGCGACCCAUUUUACUGUCCAACCAUCAAAUCCUGA